AUGGCGGCGCGCGCCGCGGCGUCCCACGCGCGCGCGGCGGCGCCGCGGCGACGACGCGACGACGCUUCCGAUCGUGCCCGAGACGCCGCGCGCGCGGUCGAACCCGCGCUCAGCAGACGCCACCGUGCGGCGACCACGCGCGUCGUCCGCGCGUCCGCCUCCGCCGCGGACGUGGUAGUCACCGUCGCCGAGGCGAACGAUGAACGCGAAGACGAACGCGACGCGCGCGUCUUCGUGAACCUGAAGAACGGCAUCGAGGCCAUCGACGACCUCCGCGCGCUUCGUGUGCCGUACGCCUUCGCUCGCAUCCAGUCCACGAUGUGCGAGGUGGGAGAUCUCGAGAAGGUUCUCCUCGAGCUCGACGCGUCGUUCAUGCUCGACGCCGCGCUCGGGCGAAGCGUCGUGGUCGUGGAUUACGGAUCGAGGGAUCGACAGCGCGGCGCGCCGAGGGCGCUGUGGUACGGCCUCGAGUUCGUGCGGUACGCGCUGAACCGCGCGUGGUUCGGAUACAAAGGCGGGGAGGAGGAGGAUGGGGGGGGAGGGGGGGAGAGCGGCGGCGGCGGUACAGCUGGCGCCCACUACGUCCCGGUGUGCCGAGGGAAGAACGUGACGAACGACUUUCGACGGAAAUACUCGGCGCUGUCAAAGUCGUGCAAGAAGCGACUCAAGUACUAUCGCAAGUUUUUGAAACCACCCCCGGAGGAGGACGCACUCCCGGAGCUCCCGGGCGGCGGCGACUCGCCUAGCGCGAAACGCCGCGUGCGGUUGGUAGGCGCGUACAAGUUCACGGACAAGGACGACGACGACGCGUUUUACGUCGAAGCGUUGCACCGCGCGGAGCUGGGGACGACGGCGGUGGCCGGCGCCGCGCAUCCCGCCGCGAGAGCGUCGAUGACCGAGCGCGAGGCGCUGGACGCGCUCGAGGGGAGGGGGUUUAGGGUGUUGUACAGCGGCGACACCGAGGAGGAGUGGCUGGAGCAGCGCAGAGGGCGCGGGGGCGCGUAG